AGACGCUCUGAGCUAUCAAACCAGGAACAAGACUAUACUGCCACUACUACUGCAACUCAGUCGACAGAACUCCUGACAGUCAGUGUUCUGUCUGGGAGUGUUCAGAGUCAGUGUUCUGUCUGGGAGUGUUCAGAGUCAGUGUUCUGUCUGGGAGUGUUCAGAGUCAGUGUUCUGUCUGGGAGUGUUCAGAGUCAGUGUUCUGUCUGGGAGUGUUCAGAGUCAGUGUUCUGUCUGGGAGUGUUCAGAGUCAGUGUUCUGUCUGGGAGUGUUCAGAGUCAGUGUUCUGUCUGGGAGUGUUCCCAGUCAGUGUUCUUUCUGUGAGCGUUCCCAGUGUUCCACCAUGGUUCUGAACAUUCCAGGUGUGGUUGCCAUGGCAGUGUUCUAUCUGCUGGUCCUGGGGACAGGUUUGUGGGCAGCACGGAAGUCCAGGGCUAUGGAGAAGAAAAGUACGGGAGACAAGACAGAGAUAACCUUACUGGGAGACAGGAAUAUCGGCCUGCUUGUGGGAAUAUUCACCAUGACUGCUACGUGGGUUGGAGGAGGCUUUAUCGUAGGGAUAGCAGAGGUUGUCUAUAACCCUAACCUGGGUCUGGUCUGGGCUUUCAUGCCCCUACAGAGCUCCGUCUCCUUCAUCAUCGGUGGUAUAUUCUUUGCCAAGCCGAUGAGGGAGAAGAAGUAUGUUACUAUGAUGGAUCCCUUCCAGAUCAAGUAUGGGAGAGUAGUGAGUGGAGCUCUGGUGUUCCCUGCCCUUGUAAUGGAUGCACUGUGGGUCGCCUGCACACUCGUCGGACUAGGUGGCACCAUGAGUGUAAUUUUGGACCUGCCCUACUCUUACUCUGUGGGGAUUUCUGCAGUGGUGGCCAUCAUCUACACUCUACUGGGAGGACUCUACUCUGUAGCCUACACCGACGUCAUCCAGCUCAUCCUCAUCUUCUUCAGUCUGUUUGGGCUUUUCUGUCUCUGCUGCCAGUGGCUGUGUGUCCCGUUCCUCAUGGCCAACCCAGUGGUGGGUGACAUCACCCAGACAGCUUUCAACCACACCCACCAGGCCCCCUGGCUGGGACACAUGGAGAAGGGGAAGGUCUUCAAGUGGGUUGAUGACUUCUUAUUGGUGGCGUUGGGUAGCUUGUCUUUCCAGUGUUUCCACCAGAGGACGCUUUCUGCCUCCUCCUCGUUUAACGCCCAGGUCACCUGCUUCGCGGCUGCUGCCAUGGUCCUCAUCCUGGGGAUCCCCUCUGUCCUGGUCGGGGCUGUAGCCGCUUCCACAGACUGGAACCUGACAUCGUACGGGUCUCCGUCUCCGUAUGAGCGCAACGAGACGGGAUUGGUGCUCCCCAUCGCCCUGCAGCACCUGGCUCCGCCCUACGUGUCCGUCAUCGGCAUCGGGGCCAUCGCCGCCGCAGUGAUGUCAUCCGUGGACUCUGGCCUGCUCAGCUCCGCCUCCAUGUUCUCCUCCAACAUCUACAAGAACAUCAUUCGGAAGCAGGCCUCAGACAGGGAGAUACAGUGGGUGAUCCGUGUGUCGGUGGUGGUGGUGGGGCUGUGUGGGAUGGCCCUCACUCUCCUCCACAACAGUACCUAUGCCCUGUGGAUCCUGGCGUCUGAUCUCUCCUACACCAUCAUCUUCCCUCAGCUCAUCUGCGUCCUCUUCUUCCAGGUCUCCAACGGCUAUGGAGCCGUGGUGGGAUACCUCGUAGGGGGCCUGAUGAGACUCCUCUGUGGGGAGCCCAUCUUCAACCUCGCCCCUGUCCUCCACUUCCCUGGAUGCACCCUGGAGGACGGCGUCUAUGUCCAGCGCUCCCCCAUCAGGACCAUAUGUAUGCUUCUGGCCCUGGCGGCCAUCUUGGGUUUCUCCUGGCUGGCUCAGCUGAUGUUCAAUAAGGUCUGGUUGCCCGAGAGGUGGGAUGUGUUCCAGGUGAAGUUCCAGACUUUGCCACUUGGUGGCGCCAGAGAGAUGAAAGAGAAGGAGGAGGAUGGUGCAGUCUCUGAGCCCAUGCUUGACACCACAAAGUGUUAAAGUUUUGAUCUACCUACUUUUACAGGCCAGUUUCCCAGACACUUCCCUGGACUACAAAGCACUUUGUUUUGGUGCAUAUUUUUUGUUUAUUGGACAAGAUAGAGAAAGGAAAGAUCUAUUGCACAUCCAAAUCAUUCUAAAGAAGGCUAUUUAAAAUCGAUUGUGUAGCUCAAUUAAGUUACUUAUGUGAUUUGAACAUAAAGCGUGAAAAAGGCUGUAACAUCGGUACCACCGACUUGCAUUGGAUUUGUUCCACAAAAGCAUGGAUUGCGGUCGUACCUUGUCCAUAGGCUGAUUACAGGGUAAGGCAAUCAAUCCUAUUAUGUCAUUUGGGUGAACUCUCUCUUUAGUCUAGGAGUAGGCUUAAUGAUCUGUGUCUGGGAAACUUUGUUACCUCAUCCCCACCAGAUUACCUCAUCCCCACCAGAUUACCUCAUCCCCACCAGAUUACCUCAUCCCCACCAGAUUACCUCAUACCCACCAGAUUACCUCAUACCCACCAGAUUACCUCAUCCCCACCAGAUUACCUCAUCCCCACCAGAUUACCUCAUCCCCACCAGAUUACCUCAUCCCCACCAGAUUACCUCAUACCCACCAGAUUACCUCAUCCCCAAUCCUAACCGGAGCCAUUAAGAGGUGAAACUAAGAUCAGACCUCUUAUCAGUGGUUAUUUAGAGGCAAUUUCUAGCCUACCUACUCCUCAUAUCAUACUGAAAGUUAUGUGAUGCUCACUUGAGAGGAUCUUGGUGCUAACAUUUUAUAUACACUUUGAUAUAAACAAUUUCCCUACCUAUUCAUAGUUAAAAUGGUCAUGGUGAAUUGAUUUGCAAGCCUUGUUGUGAAAAUGUCUCUUUUUCUCAAUUUGGGGAAACUGUUUUUUACAUCUUCACUGUUGUUGUAAAGAUAUCUGUGGUUUAAAGGGUUGGAUGAUUCAGCGUCACUUGGAGAACAAGGAGCUCCAGGAAAGCCGAAGCCCACUAGGAGGGAGGGGUAUACUACCCCAUUAUACUAGUAGGGGGGGUAUACUACCCCAUUAUACUA